CCACCCCACCCCGUGUCCCCCACCCGUGCACACACCUCUGUCCUCCCAUCCAUCCAUCCAUCAUGCCUGCCUGCCUGCCUGCCUGCCUACCUACCUACGGUCUGCCCAUCCAGCCGUCUGCCCCGCAUGCCCUCUGUCUGUCUCUCCGUCCACGCGCACACGUUACCCAGCGCUCUGCUCGCCCACCCGCCCAUCCCUGCACCCGUCGGGCUGUCCAUCCAUACGCCCCUGUGUUGCCCAUCGAGCUGUUCAUCCACCCGUCUCUCUCUCCGUCCACGCGUGCCCCCGCGCACACGCCUGUCCGUCCGUCCAUGCACACGUCUGUUACAAAUUCCCCCGCAGCAAGGGUUGAAAGGAGCUCAGGGCUCGCAUCCAGUCCAACCGCCUGCUUCGCCUCCGUCAUCCCAGCCGGGGCUCUGUCUACCCGGGUCUGUCAUCUCUCUGUCUAUGCCUACUCCAUCCGUCUGUCCAUCUCCAUACAUCUCUGCAUGGGCAUCCAUACACACCUCUGUUACCCAUCCGUCCGUCUGUCCCCACACACCUCAGUCCAUUGCUCCAUCCGUGCACACCGCCACCAUCCAUCUCUCCAUGUAGACCUCCUCCCUCCUUCCACUCACCCAUGCACCCAUCCAUCCAUCUCCACACCCAUCCGUCUGUGUCUGCAUCCAUCCAUCCAUCCAUCCGCACACAUACCCAUCUAUUCGCCCAUCCAUCCAUCUCCAAAGACAUCUCUCCAUCCAUCCCUCUAUCUCUAUCCAUCCAUCCCCACACCACUAUUAUCCAUGCACCCAUCCUAUGCACCUGACCUAUGCAUCCCUCUCUGCCUCCAUCCCCGUAGCUACCCCCAGCUCCCUCUCUGCCCCACGGCUUCUCCACCGGGCACCAGGGCGCCCCGGGGUCCCCCGAGACCCUUACCAGGGUACCGCAGGCACCACCCCAUGAUUCCUGAGGUAGAGCAGAGGCGCCGGGUCCCAGCCCAGCCGGAGGGCCCGGCCAGGAUGGAUGAGGCCGGGGAGGCCAGCGUGGAGGUGAAGCUGGAGGGCGACUCCUCCUCCAAUGAGGAAGAGGAGGAGGAGGAGGCGGCGGCAGCCGCAGGGGCCUCCUAUGCCCGCUGCGGCCGCCGCUACAAGUGCCUGGCUUGCGGCAAGACCUUCCCCAAUGUGCCCCGUGUCCAGCGCCAUGCCCGCUCCCACGCUGCCGGCACCGCGCCACCUGCCCACCCCUGCCCCUCCUGCCCCAAGGCUUUCACUGACCGGGUCCAGCUCCGCAAGCACCAAGCCAGCCACUCCUCAGCCCGCCCCUUCCAGUGCGGCCAGUGCGCCAAGGCCUACAAGACGGCACCGGAGCUGCGCAGCCACGGCCGGAGCCACACGGGGGAGAAGCCCUUUGUGUGCCAGGAGUGCGGCAAAGCUUUCAUGCAGCCCGUCUGCCUCCGGGUCCACCUGGCCCGCCACGCCGGCGACCUGCCCUUCCGGUGCCCACAGUGCGCCAAGGCCUACGGCACCCUCUCCAAGCUGAAGAUCCACCAGCGGGCUCACACUGGGGAGAAGCCGUACGCCUGCGGGGACUGCGGGAAGGCCUUCGCCGACCCCUCGGUCUACCGCAAGCACCGGCGGACCCACGCGGGGCUGCGGCCCUACCAGUGCGGGGCCUGCCAGAAGACUUACGCCGAGCUCAAGGACCUCAAGAACCAUGAGCGCAGCCACACGGGCGAGAAGCCGUUCCUUUGCGCCGACUGCGGGAAGGCUUUCUCCCGCUCCUCCUCCCUGGCUUGCCACCAGCGCAUCCACGCGGCCCACAAGCCCUACCGCUGCGACGACUGCGGGAAGGGCUUCACCCAGCUCUCCUCCUACCAGAGCCACCAGCGCACCCACUCCGGGGAGAAGCCCUACCUCUGCCCGCAGUGCGGCCGCAUGUUCUCCGACCCCUCCAGCUACCGGCGCCACCAGCGGGCGCACCUGGGGGUCAAGCCCUACGGCUGCGACAAGUGCGGCAAGGCCUUCCGACAGCCGGCCGACCUGGCCAUGCAUCACCGCGUGCACACAGGUGAACGCCCCUACAAGUGUCCCCAGUGCGAGAAGACCUUCGUGGCCUCCUGGGACCUCAAGCGGCACCGGCUGGUCCACUCGGGCCACCGCCCCUUCCAGUGCGGGGAGUGCGGCAAGAGUUUCGCCGAGCGUGCCAGCCUCACCAAGCACCAUCGCGUGCACUCUGGUGAACGCCCCUACACCUGCGGGCGCUGCGGGAAGGCCUUUGUGGUGUCCUCCAGCCUCCGCAAACACGAGAGGACCCACGGGGACCGGGCCGGGGAAGACGGGGGUGGCAGGGCUGGCCUAGAUGCCCCAUUCAAUGUCAACCAUGGCCGGCAGGGCCUAGAUGUCCCAUUUGCCACCGGCUACCCCCCGUUGGGCAUGGAGGUGCCAGCCAAUGCCACCAACCAACGGCUGGGCCUAGAGGCACCAAGCAACAUCAAUGAGUACCAUCUUGGCCUAGGCACCUCGGUCAACGCAGGCUACCACCACAGCCUAGUAGCUCCAACCAGUGACCAACAGCCUGGCCUAGAUGAUCCAGUUGAGGCCAGCUACCACCAUGGCCUAGAGGUGCCGCCACCCAGCAACCAACGCCCGGGCCUAGACAAUGCAGUUGACAUCAACUACCACCCCCAAGAUCUCGAGAUGCCUCCUGACAGCCAACGGUCGGGCCUAGACGAUGCAGUUGAUGCCAACUACCACUCGCAAGACCUACAGGCACCACCCAACAGCCAACAGUCAGGCCUAGAUGAUACAGUUGAUGCCAGCUACCACCCCCAAGACCUAGAGGCUCCAGUCAACAGCCAACACUCGGGCCUAGAUAAUCCAGUUGCUGCUAGCUACCAGCAAGACCUAGAGGCACCACCCAAUGACCAACAGUUGGGCUUAGGUGAUCCAGUUCAUGCCAACUACCACCACCAAGACCUACAGGCACCAUCCAGUGACCAACGGCUGGGCCUAGAUGAUCCAGUUGACGCCAGCUACCAUGAAGACCUAGAGGCACCCCCCGAAGGCCAACGCCCAGGCCUAGAGCCCCCAGCCAAGGCUGCAGGGCACCAGGGCCCACCAGCGUGUGCAGAGUGCGGGGAAGUGUUCAGCUCGGUGGGGGAGCUCCGGCGCCACCAGCAGGGGCACCCGGGGUUACGCCCCUUCCCCUGCCCAGCCUGUGGGAAGGCCUUCUUGGACCGGGCCGGGGUGCGCAAGCACCAGCGCAUCCACUCAGGGGUGCGGCCUCACGCCUGCCCCCACUGCGCCAAGGCCUUCCUGGGAGCUUCUGACCUCCGCAAGCACCUGCGCACCCACUCCCCAGGCCCUGGGACCCCGCCCCUUGAAACCCCGCCCCCUGAUGGAUCGUCAUGAGGCCCCACCCACCCCCGGAUAGUGCUUGGAGGACUGGAAGUUCUUUCCCUUUGGAGGUCAGGGGGCAGGGUUCCAUCUUCCCUAGCUCCACCCCCUCCUCUCCCAUUGUGGGUGUGGCCUGGGCGACCCACACUUUAUGGGGGUGGGGCUAGGUGCCCACAAGUUCCUCCCACAGCAGCCAGGGGGCGUGUCUAAGUGCCCACAUGGCCCAUCCUGGUUCUGAAGGGGCGUAGGUAACUGCUGCCUGGCCCCACCCCCUGUGGAUAAGGCUCUUAAGCACCUCCGCCCCAAGAGAGAAGGGUAUUGGAGACCCUUCCCACAGUUAACCACACCCUCACCCUUAACCAUGCCCCUGCAGGGGUGUGGCUUCAUGUACAUAAGCCCCUCCCACUUGCCCUGUGGGAGGCAGUGCUCUAUGGUCCAAUCCCCUCCUCCUCAAAGAGGCAGGACUGUUUCUCCCCUAUGCCCCGCCCACCCUGGGGGGCAUGGCACCCCUCCUGACUGCCUGUGCCACGGGGCAGGGCCACUGGGCCCUGCAUGGCCAGGCCCCGCCCCCUCCCAAUGGGGGCAGGGCUAUGGGAGCCUCACCCUCCUCUGGGACCCCUGGCUGGGGGCUGAGACUGUGUACACGUGUGUGCGUGUGUGUGUGUGUGUGCAGGGCCUGGACGUGCUUGUGGCUGGAGUGGGGGGGACAGGGCGGGGGCGGGGCUGUGGUUCAGGAAGUGAAAACCAACCUGAAGGUGUGAAAUAAACAGCUCCACCCACA